UUAAUGCAGAAAAAGUAUUCAAAAUAAAAUGGGUUUAAGAAAAUGUUACUCUUCGUUUAUUGCCGUAUUGUUGUAUUUAAAUAUGUUUAUAAACUUCUCAAACGGGUCAAUUUUAGAUUGGAUAUGGCCAAAUAGAAAUGUAUGUAUGCCAGUGCAUACUUUGUUUUUGUUUUAGACUAACGCGGUGAAGUUUUUAAUUAAAAAAGAAGUAAAUAAUAUUUACUUGCAAAUAAACAUAAUUCAUAUCCUUUAUUUACAAUACAACUGGGGAAAGAUGAAAUUACUGUAGAAUGAAGGUAGAUGAAACUAUUUUUACAUUUCAGUACCGAAAAAUUUGAAGUUCAUAAACAAAAAGCGAAUACAAAUUGUAUAACAUUAAAUUCCUAGGUUGUAUAAUUUUGUUUCUUAGGUUUUUAUUCAAAUUAAGAUGUUUCAUCGGCUAAUAAAUAUGGGUUAUAGUUCUGGGAAUUUAUGCAGAAGUUGAAUACAGCUUUUCCAUCAAUCUCAGUCAAUAAGUAUCAAUUUAUUUGGGUAGUUAUUUUAGUUUUUAAGUGAAAGAAAAAUCUUCGUUUGUUAGAAUUUUGUUUUUGAAAAAUGUAUCUAUGUAUGUAUGUUUAUAUACAUACAUUUGAUUUAAGACCGAGCUGAUAUAAAUUCUAAGUUCUUUUUUUAAAAAAUGUGAAUAAGUAAAUUCUAAUAAUAAUAAGCAUUAGUAGUAUCGUAUAAAAAAUUUGACCAUUUAAAUUAAAAAUUAUGCAAAAAAUUAUUUCUUUUUUUAAAUCACGCUCUUAAGUUACCUACAUAUACAUAUAUGCACAUACAUAUGUGUACAAAAAUGUGUAAUCUAUAUAAAAAAAAAUUUUAUUAAAUUUGUUAUGUUUAUGACUGAAUAUUUUUAUGAUUAUGGAAAAAAUAAAAUUGAUCUAUCAUUUUGUAGAAUUAUUCAGUAGGGUGUUAAUGAAACUGAAUGAAUUUGCAAAUAAAUAUUAAUUUUAUCUUGUUAAAUACAUUUUAGUUCAAAAUUUCCGAACAGAUAUUGAGCACAGUGACUCUUCAUCACCAGUUAUUCCAUUCGAAUUUAGUGAAAACAAUGACCAAUUUAUUAUGGAUAUAUCUAGAGUGCUUGGAAUACGUCUUUCCGAUUUGGACUUCUGCCAACAGAGAGUUAUUUUGUCGUUGAAAAAUUCAUGCAAUGUGCUAACCGACGAAGAACUUGGAAAACUAGCAAUUUCUUUAAUGAAUUGCCAGCAUGUUAUAGAAAAACGUUCUGUCAUUAAUUGUUCUACAAAAGUUUCUUUAAGUGAUUGUAUAUCAGAGAUGAAUCAUGAUAUCAAGGUAUCAUAUGGAAAUGUUUUGAGUAGAACUAAAUCAGUAUGUUUAUCAAUAAGACAGAAUCAGUUUCGUGGUAUGACGGAAUUAACUAUAAAUAAAUUAAUACUUCAAGUUGAACGUUUGAGAGCAUCACAAAGUCAAUUAGAAAAGGCUACGCUUAAUACUAUUGAGGACAUAUCAGAUAACCAAUUAAAACUUCUAGAAAAACAAAGUGACUUAUUAAACUUAGUAAAUUCACAAAGAAAUUCAAUUGAAGAAAAUUUAAAAGAAAUGUUAAGGGAAAAGGCUGUUUUAAGAAGCGGCCGCGCUGAUCUUAGUUUAUUUAUUGGAAAACUUAAAUCUGAAAUUGUUAAAAACUUAAAUGAGCUUAAUGAACAAAACACUGAAACAAAAGAAAUUUUCAAAGAUUUUUUUGACGAUUUGGUAAAAAUAAAUGAAGUUUCAACCCGAAUAUCAAAGCAAUUAUUAGAUACUAACGUGGUUGUUGAAAAUUAUACAAAAAAAACUAAUGAAAAUUUCGAAGGUGCCGUUCAAAAAUUAAAAUACUUAAAUGAAGUUUUACAAAAUUUUGUUAACCAAAUUGAUAAGCUGAAACAAAAUUUUAAUGCCAAUGUUAAAUGGAUAGAACCAAUAUUAGGUGCUGGAGAUGAUUAUUCUCAUCGUUGCAGUAUUUUAAUUAUUCACACGCUAUACCUUCUUUUAGGAAUGAUAUGUUUGAUUUUCAUAAAUGCUUCAACAAGCAGUCGCUUUUUACUUCUUGGAAUUGUUUUGAUAAACUUCGUAUGCGCUAAUUAUGACCUUUUCAAUUUAAAUUUGAUUCUGUUGUUGAAAGUACUACUUGCAAUUCUUAUAGUAAAUUUGUGCAAUAAAAUAAAAAAUAAUUACGAUGUCAUUAAAAACCUUUUCAAACUUUUCAAGUUAAGUGAAAAUAGGGAUAUUCCGGAAAAAAACGUUCUGGAAACCAUUUCUGACACAAACGGGUAUAAAACUUUAAAUGUUGCCGCUGAAUGUAAUAAUAAUGAAUAUAUGGAUGGAAGAGAAGAAAUAAUUGUAAAUCAAAAUGAAUCAUAUGCCUCAUCACGGCAAAAUAGACUUAAUUUUCGUCCUAUUUUGGAGGAUUAUGACAAACGUUCAAGUUGUAAUUCAACUCCACUACAUACAACAGAACUGUCACGCAACGACUUAGGUCGAUGUAAAGCUAUCACAUGUAAAGGCUCUCGUUGUCACUUUAGUACACUUUCCAUGUAUACGGAUUUCUGUCGCAUACAUGAGUGCUUUUCUAGAGAUAUUUAAUUGUGUUGUUGAAUUAAAUAUAUGUUGAUGUAUGAAAAUUUUAAAAAAAGAUUUUUUACCAUAAUUUAUAAAAGCUACAUUAUGUAUGUACUGAAAUCAAAGACACAUAAAUAUAUAUUUAUCAGACAUCCGA